UUGGUUGUAGCGAACAGAGGGCAAAAAUCAAUAUAAAACCACUUUCCUUGGACACACCCACCAUACCAAAACACAAAGAUUUGAUCUUUUUAUUCGUAGUACUUCCCUCUCCCACUUCGGGAGAAGAGAAAAGGAAAAAGAAGAAACAGCCCAGCUGUUGGAACUUGCAUAGUGCACAAUAAACCAUAAACAUCACGGAAGGCAUUGAAGAGGGAGAAAGUACACUGUUAUCUUAGAGCGAGUUUAAAGAGCACUAAACAUCACAGACCACACAAGAAAUUGCAGAGAUAGAGAUAGAGAGAGAUGUUUGCAGCAGAGAAUGGGCUGAAAGGAGACCCAAGGCUUCAGGGAAUUUUUGAAGCCAUUAGAGUAAUUCCUCACUUCCCAAAACCAGGUAUAAUGUUCCAAGAUAUCACGACUUUGUUGUUGAAUCAUAAGGUCUUUAAGGACACUGUGGACAUUUUUGUUGAUAGAUACAAAGACAUGGGCAUCUCCGUUGUUGCUGGAAUCGAAGCGAGAGGAUUCAUGUUUGGUCCAUCAAUCGCCCUAGCUAUUGGUGCAAAGUUUGUUCCUUUACGCAAGCCUGGAAAAUUGCCAGGUGAACGAAUAUCGGUGUCUUAUGAAUUGGAGUAUGGACAAGAUCGUUUAGAGAUGCACGUUGGUGCAGUGGAGAAGGGGGAUCGUGCUGUUGUCAUUGAUGAUUUGGUUGCUACGGGUGGCACUCUUUCAGCUGCAAUAAAACUGCUAGAACAAAUGGGAGCUGAAGUCGUUGAAUGUGGCUGCGUUAUUGGCUUGCCCGAAGUUAAAGGGCAAAGCAGGCUAAAAGGAAGAUCAGUCUAUAUUCUUGUGGAACCCCGGGCGUUGGAAGAUUGUUUGUGAGAAACCAAAACCAAUAUGCUGGAUUCUAUAAAAGGAGACAUUACAUCUGGCCUAAAGCUUCUAGCUUCAAAAUCUUGGUAGCUGGAUUGAGUCUUUAGCUAGAUCACUUCUCAUGUGUACCUUUUAUUCAUUAUUACCCUUUUUUUUUUUUCAUUGCUUGGAUUUUCUUUGAAGAUGCAGUGGGAUUUGUGAAGCAUAGAAUCCUAAAUCAUGUCCAGAGAUAACUUUUCUUUUCAUAUAAGCCAUAAUGUGAUUCCUGUUGUUAUUCCUAUGCAUUUGAUGUGAUUCACAAUGA